CAUCGUCGCCGCGGCCGCACGUUCGCUGCGAUGAACCGCCCGCUCGCCACGCUCCUCGCGCUCGCCGCCCUCGCGGCCCUCGUCGCCGCAGAGCCCCCGCGCCCCCGCCUCUUAGACUUCAACCCCUUCGCAUGGCUCCCCAGCAACAGGAACAGAUCGCCAUCCAUCAUGGACUACUUCUUCCCCCCGUCGCGCACCCCAAAACAAUCCAGUCUGGAACCGCCCGCUGACCGGAAACCACCACCCACCGUCCCCGAAACGACCCUCGAUAACACACCCGCACCUACCACCAUCGAAGAACGGUCAACAACCUACUCCAGAAAAGUCUCCACCAAAACAAAAUCCACCCUCCCCGUGACCGCGACCUCCCCGCCGAAAACUAAAAAACCCUCUCGCAAACCCAUCCCAGUCGAGACUACCAUUGAGGCCAAAACAACUCUAACAACCAGAAUUGAAACUCCACCCCCGACGGUUAGGGUUACAACUGUUUCGUCGGCGUAUCGUCCCACGAAGCAUUAUUCUAUUCGGCCGGUGUUGAGGACGGAGACGCCGACCGUUCAAGAUACUGAGACAACGAGUAGCGAUAGUACGGAGACCGUUUCGGAGUUUGACACCGCUGGUACAACGGUGGAGGAUGCGAAAGAGACAGUGCCGACGCUGAGUACUGCUGAAGAUCAGCGGUCAACGGACGCGGGGACUUUGAGCACGGCCACCGUGGAGUCGACCACCCCGACCGAAACCACGGACGCCGCCGACAGCCGCGAGGGCUAUCUUCCGCUACGUGACAAACCUCAGCAGACACACGUCAAAAUCAACGAUCAAACAAAGAAAGAGGAAAUCUGA